AUGACCAUGCUCUUCUUCCGCCCCACAGCGCGGCUGGCCGCUACCCUACCGCAUGUCCAGCGGCUGGUGCGCUUUAGCUCGACGUCGCUGGCAGCCGGAACCACGCGCGACCCAGCCCACCCGCACCUGUACUACCACGCCUCACCCCCUCCUCCUGCGGCUCCCCAGUCCCUCAUCCUGACAUUCACGCCCGGCAGACCGACCGAGUUCCUCUCCUUCCUUCCCCUUGGUACUGCGCCUGUUCUUCCUACGGGCGGACCGGACCUCACAGCGUUCCAGGAACACCCGUACUUCCGGAACGUGUUCAACGCUGCGAUCCGCGACGCCCUCGACAAGGGCGGCAACAAGGGGCUCGAGUACGAGGCCGCGCGGCGGGGUUGCGACGGCUAUAUUACGAUCAAGGACGAACGGGCGGUCCCCGACCACGACCGCACCGGAGCGCCUGAGGACAUUAUCGGCUCCGUCUUCGUACAGGACGGCAAGAUCGUGUCGAGCACGUACGAGCCCCUUCCCACCUAUCGUCUGGUCACUACCGACGGUGUCUGCCGCCUUCCUGAUGGUCUGGACGCGCAUCUCAUGAGUAUGCUGGACGCUAUUGCGGCCCAGGAGGCGGAGAAUGCGCGGCUCGAUGCUGAAGAGGCUGAGGCGGAAGAGGCGGCUUUGCAAGUUGAGCGGCAGCGGAUUGCCGAGGAGGAGGCUAAGAGGGGAUAG